AUGAGCCUGGUGGUAGCAGAAGAAGAAAAGCAAGCACAGCACCUUAGAUCGACCCUUCGGUCGACUGGGGACAGGCUCGAUCAGGAAAUGCGCAGGGCAAAGCAGUCUGAAUCCAAAGCAGAGUUCGCAGAAACCCGAGCGCGGGAGCUGACUGUGCGUGUCAGUACCGCUGAAACAGGCAAGCGCUACGCAGAACUCGAUGCGGCGCGUGCCAAUGAAGAGAUGCGGCGGUAUCAAAUACGCAUCGAAAGCCUGGAAAAACAGGUCACAAAACUUCAGGCCGACAUCCGCGUCUUAGAGAGGCAAAGAAAUGAAGCCGAUGACAGCGCAUCACGAGCGCGGGAUACUGCGAGAAAGUUUCAAAUCGAACUUAGCAAGCAACAAGCAAAGGAGAAAGUAGUAGAAGAAGGUUCGAUGUAUAGUCGGAAGAAGUGGUUCGUAACCGGUCAUAACGAGGGUUGGGAUGCUGGGUAUGCGGAGGGCUUUGACGACGGCAGGGAGGAUGGGUUCGAAGAAGGUAGACAAUAUGGCAUCCGCGAAGGACGAGAGUCGGGAUUCAAGCAGGGUCACAAAAUGGGUCGGAAAGAGGGAUUCGAAAAUGACAGAGAACAAGGUCGGUACGAAAAACAUCAGCUUGCGCUUGAUGCCUUUGACGCAAUUUUUGCUGCAGAAGUCGAUGAAAAUGAUCAAACAGUGAGUUCUGACCUUGCCCCCUGCCCCUACAUAUACUCAAUUGCCAGGAUCUAUUUCAUCCUCAUCAUGAGCUUCGUACAACCCCUUCCAUCGCCUGGUCUGGCAGGUGGCCGUCGCAGGCCGAAGAACCUCCCGAGUUUACCUCUGUCUGCGUUCAGCCCACCGAGCACAGGGACUUCUGACAUGUUCCCUUUACCUCCAACUCCAAGUGCGCUCUUUCCAGGCGAAGUCAUUGAUGCCCAUCUGCGGUCUGAGGCGCUCGAAAGUGCUGGCCUUGAUCUGGCUGGCACUGAGGUCGCGGGUGCCGUUUUAUUGUUAAACGACUUUUCGGUGCCAGAAGGACUGCAAUCUUCUCUCACACAAAAUGUUCGAGUACUUUCCGUGGCAGCUCCCUUCGAGCUUAGCGCCAUCCCAUCAGAUUAUUCAGAUCACUCAGAGUCAUCUGGAAUUCCCCAGUCUCUUUACACCUCAUACACAGCUUCGCAUGAGGCACUAGGAGCUAAAUCUCAGGCCAUCGAGACUUUGAAAUGGGCAUUCUCAAACAGUCGUCUCGUCGAUAUUGACGUUCAAAGUGAUAUCAUGUCGAAUGUCGCAAAGUAUGAAGUAUUUGAGGACCUUCUCAUGAAAGCCACAACCGAUCUUCCUGGAGACAGGAAGGUCCCCAUAGUCCUUUCCAAUAUAUUACCGCCACCCCAUGACCUAAGCCUACCGAUCGUUAAGCUCCUCGCUGAUCCAAGUUAUCGCAAUUAUCAAGCACACUCUGCAUCCCUGUCAUUGUUUCCGAAUCUCUAUGUGAAGUUUACGCCUCCCAUGUGGAAUCAAACCGUACCAGGUCCCGCAGAUCCAACUUCAGAAAUGGAUCAACAUCGUGAAUGGAAACGAAAAAUCAAGAUGUUCAUUGGUCCGGUGCUGGAAGCAUUUGGCUACGAGCGUAUCAUUUUUGGAACUUCACCUUCCUUGGCUACACCCCCGCUCCUUAACCCCGCAGACUGGUAUGCGCUUGUGCGCGAGUCAUUUGCAGAGCUUGCGGUGGAGCAGGACGCAAUCGACUCAAUCUUUAGUUUAAAUGCAAAGAGGAUCUACGGAAACCCAUAA